ACCUCUCGCACCCUUGACUUCGCCCUUAUCAGUCUCAACAUCAUGCUGGUGACUUUAUUGCUCGCGAUCGCUCUUUUCUGCUCUUCAUCUGCUUCUAGACUUGCUCGUUCUGAGCCGUCAGCCAAAGGCUGGAAACGACUAAACCUCCAUCCUGUGUGCUUCGAGGCUCGUGGUGACCGGUACGGAUCGUUGAUAAGCUAUGCUGAUUAUGGUCUGGUUGUUGCUGUCAAGCUAGAGUAUGUUUCAGGAGAAGUGCGAUGUGUGUCCAACACAGCUUAUAAUAGUCGCUGGGGGUGUGGCCACUAUGGCUCAUAYAUCAAUCAUCCUUUAAACGUCGUCGUCACAGACAGACACAACCACGUCAUCUUCCCUAAAAAGGAGUUUAUCGUGAAUGGUGGUCUUUGGUACUGGCAGCCAUUUGUAAGCGACUCCAACUCCAGGGAUAUUGUCUUUGCUGAUUUUUCAACACCUUUUUACCUGCCUCCAUUUGAACAGAUUCGUGUCUGGUACGGAGAAGAUCUAAAGAACUGGUCAGAGCAUGACAAUCAAGGUCGUGUGUGUAUCAACGUCUACGCCAAGUUCAUGUCGUAGACAGUGGGCUUCCUGUGUUUCGUAGAGCAAUUAGUUGUAAAGUCCUGUCCCAUUUUUCUUGACCAUAGUUUUGUCCGCCAUUAGCGGCUCAGAAGUUUGAACAUAAAGAGGGUCUGGGAAUAGACUGUUGGUUGUAUUAACAUUGCUGGGCAAAAAUAAAAGCUAUUUAUCAAUUCA